CAGAGAGGUGUGGUAAAGCAUAGGGAAGCAUUGUAAAGCACAGAGAGGUCUGGUAAAGCAUAGGGAAGCAUUGUAAAGCACAGAGAGGUCUGGUAAAGCAUAGGGAAGCAUUGUAAAGCACAGAGAGGUCUGGUAAAGCAUAGGGAAGCAUUGUAAAGCACAGAGAGGUCUGGUAAAGCAUAGGGAAGCAUUGUAAAGCACCAAGAGGUCUGGUAAAGCAUAGGGAAGCAUUGCAAAGCACAGAGAGGUCUGGUAAAGCAUAGAGAAGCAUUGUAAAGCACAGAGAGGUCUGGUAAAGCACGGGGAAGCAUUGUAAAGCACAGAGAGGUCUGGUAAAGCAUAGGGAAGCAUUGUAAAGCACAGAGAGGUCUGGUAAAGCAUAGGGAAGCAUUGUAAAGCACAGAGAGGUGUGGUAAAGCUUAGGGAAGCAUUGUAAAGCACAGAGAGGUCUGGUAAAGCAUAGGGAAGCAUUGUAAAGCACAGAGAGGUCUGGUAAAGCAUAGGGAAGCAAUGUAAAGCACAGAGAGGUCUGGUAAAGCAUAGUGCUGUAUAACCAUGGGGUGAAAAAACUGCACAAACACUGUGGUAAACGUUAAUAAGUGACAGAAGGUUGCAGGAUGUGGUCAAAUUGUACAUAAUUCUCUCUCUCUCUCUCUGUUUCCCCCCUCCCUCCCCCUCUCUCUCUCGCUCGUUUGAGGUAAACGUUACCACCUGUUUAUUGAAAAAUAAGAUCCGACUAACAUACUUCCCGCUGCUGAAUAACAACGCUGGCAAAAAAUGCCGCAGCUCUCCACGUUCCUCCUUUUGCUCCUGCUGGCGAGCAACGCGGCCGCGGGCAACUCCACAAGCGGCUCCGAGCAAACCAAACUGGCAGACGAAACCACGGGCACCGUGGCAACGACCGCGUCUCCCGGCACGCCAGCCUCCGAGAUAAAGACUCACAACCCGAUCGACGGGAUGGAAAUCCCUAGAGAGACGACCGUGACACGAAGGCCAGCCAGCGGUCACCUGACAACAGGAGCCCAUCGGCAGAUAACAGCCAAACAAACUACCGCUAAAACUCCUGCUUCGAAGAAAGAAAGCCACGCAGAAAAGCAGCAACAAAUGAGCAAUCCACAAGUUACGGUUUCGGAUUCGGAUUCGGACCGAACCAUCGUAGUCGUGUUCCUCUUCCUCCUCUUCAUCGCGCUGGCCGCCUUGCUGGUUUACUUCUGCCGCAGGCUGAACAGAGAGACGGAGGGAGGCUACACGCUCUCGAAACUGCUUCUGGCAAACUCUUCGGACGACUCCGGGGAGGUCCGAGGACCCCGGGCGUGGCUCAACCGGGCGCUGGCUUUCUUUAUGGACGAACACGGGAGAGGGGGGGAGGAUUUGGAGGCAGGGGGGCAGGAUCAAAGCGAGGAGGCGGACGAGGAGGAGGAGGGGGACGAGGAGGAGGAGGAGGGAGAGGAGCGAGAGGAAGAAGGUCGCAAAGCAGGAACCGCGGGAGAGGAACAGGAGAGGCCUCCGACGGACGCGGAAAAUUCGGACUCCGAUUCGGAUGAUUAUUCCAGCAUGGAGGGUUUCGAUCCGACGGGAAGGGCGAACGGGAUGGGGGGGGCGGUCUCUGAGUGACGCGGGGGAGGGGGGAGGGAAGGGGCCGCUGGUGGACCUGCGGGAUUUUUCGGGGAGCGUCGUUUGGACGGAGGAGAAAGCGGGGUCGGCGGGGAUCUGUGACGUUACGGCUUUGUAAACGCCACGAGGCCCGUAAACUAGAGGCGGCCCAAAUCUGCAGGGAAAAAUCUGGGAGAGGGGAGAGAGAGGAGAGAGAGGGGAGAGGGGGCAGAGGGGAG